AUGCUGGAUAGAGUCCCUCCUGUGUUUGAAGCCAGUGUUGGCAGUGUCCUUCUUGUGCCUGAGCUGUAUCUCUUCUAUGGCCCCUGGCUGCAGGAUGCCCGUCAGAAGUUCCGCUCUGUUCUGGUGGAGGCCACAGUGAAACUGGAUGAGUUGGUGAAGAAAAUCGGCAAAGCUGUGGAGGACUCCAAGCCCUACUGGGAGGCACGGAAGGUGGCGAGGCAGGCUCAGCUGGAGGCUCAGAAAGCCACACAGGACUUCCAGAGGGCCACUGAGGUUCUCCGUGCUGCCAAAGAAACCAUCUCCCUGGCCGAGCAGCGGCUGUUGGAGGAUGACAAGCGGCAGUUCGACUCUGCCUGGCAGGAGAUGCUGAAUCACGCCACCCAGAGGAAACAGCAUCUCAGAGACUUGCUUACCAAGUUCUCCUAUCUUCCUAACCAGCAACUGAAGAAGACAGUGGAUGACCUACAGGCCAAGCUGACCCUGGCGAAGGGCGAGUACAAGACAGCCCUGAAGAACCUGGAGAGGAUCUCAGAUGAGAUCCAUGAACGACGGCGUUCUAGUGCCAUGGGGCCUCGGGGCUGUGGUGUGGGUGCUGAGGGCAGCAGCACGUCUGUGGAGGGCCUGUCAGGAAGCAAGCCCGAACCAGAUGCUGUUUCUGUGGCCUCAGAGGCCUUUGAAGACGACAACUGUAGCAACUUUGUGUCAGAAGAUGACUCAGAAACCCAGUCUGUGUCCAGCUUUAGUUCAGGACCAACGAGCCCAUCUGAGAUGCCUGACCAGUUCCCUGCCGUCACAAGGCCUGGCAGUCUGGAUCUGCCCAGCCCCAUGUCCUUGUCAGAGUUUGGGAUGAUGUUCCCAGUGUUGGGCCCUCGAAGUGAAUGCAGUGGGGCCUCUUCCCCUGAAUGCGAGAUAGAACGAGGAGACAGGGCAGAAGGAGCAGAGAAUCAAACAAGUGACAAAGCCAACAACAACAGAGGUGGCAACAAUAGCAGUGGUGUUGGUGGCAGGGGUAAGAGCCAAAGCCGCACGUCUUCUGAGAGCCAGGCUUUGGAGACCCGAAUGAAGCAGCUAUCCCUCCAGUGCUCCAAGGGAAGAGAUGGGAUUAUUGCUGACAUAAAAAUGGUGCAGAUUGGCUGAUCCAUCCAGGGCCACCCCCCAUGUACAAAUCAGUAUUUAUACACGAAACUCAAGAACAUUGUGCCAAUUAUCAUUUAACAUGCCAAAUCUUAAGCAUUUAAACUGCACUAAUCAAGUUUCGGUGACUUGAGGGCUGAAGAAUUCCCCUCUUGGGCUAGUAUGUUUUUCCGAGCUACAUCACUGCAGGCUGACUGUGACCAGGUUCACAGCCUUUGUGGACCAUUCAUUCCCUGUAAUAGUGUUGUGGAAGCAAUAAUGAGUUCUUGUGAAAGAACCCAAGUUAGGAGGAAGGUUGGAAGCUUAGCCAAACUGGGGGCCACAACCUGCGUCUCUUUUUUCACACUUAGUUUGGGGAAUAAGAGAUGUUUUCUCCAUUAUAUCCCAAGAUAUCUAAAUAUUCAAAACAAAAAUAAAACUCAAGUAUCCAGUGCAUUAUCUUCUGACAUAAAGGUUAAAAGAAAUGCAAGAACACACUUCAUUUUCCUCACCUCUGGUGUUCAGAGGGGGCUUUUUAAAAAAGCAUGUAGGUUGGGGUACCCAUUGAAACCAUUUCCUAGGAAGGCUACCAUGAAACUGCACUUUUGGGGAUGGGAAAGGUGAUGCCAGUGUGGGGAUGGGGGAGGGAGGGCUGAGGGUAGCAGAGACAUAGCAUAGAAGGGAUCCAUGGCUGUGGGAGAGAAGGCUGUCUAGCCUAACCUUACCCUGCCAGCCAAAGGAAACUGACUUAUCCUAAGACAUGUGCAUGUGAAGCAGUGACCAUUGUCAUAUCUACACUGACAAGGUGGUGAUUUCUCUGUAGGCUCAACUUUUCAAAUAAUGAAAUUAUUUAAGGGUUAUGCUGCACCUAGUAUUUCUUAGAGCCAAUUUUCCUUAAAGCUAGGAAAGAGAGUAGGCAUGUGUUGGCAAAGGCUGUUUAAAUAGAAGCAGUGGUGUCUGUUAUGCUAAUAGUAUUAAAUGUUCAGACUGCUUUUCUUUAAUGUUUUUAUGGUUAUGCAUAUUUAAAGCACUGUAUUUUCUCUUAAGAAAAUUUGGCAUUUCUAAAAGAAAAGCAACCUCAUUUCAAGUUGUCUGUUGACUGUCACAGCUUAUGUAUUUUAGCCAUUUGUACAUCUCUUCAUACUGUAAUGGUUCUUUUUUAUUAACUGAUACAGUAUUCUAAUUACAAGGUUAUUUUGUACUUAGUACCUUGAGUGUAAUAAAAAUGCUUAAGAAAACUC